UCACUUCCUUCCUUCUUUCCCUUUCUCUCCCUCCUUUCCUUCCUUUCCUUCGUCUGUUUACCUCCUUUUCUUCCUAUCCCUUACGUUCCUCUCUCUUAUCUUUCCUUCCUUCCCUUCCUUCCUUCCUUCCUUCCUAAGUGCAGUGAAGAGAGAGGAGAGAAAGAGAGAGAGAGAGAAAUGGCGUCACGUAUUUAGAAGGACAAGGAAGAAGAUUUUGGACUCACCUGCGAUUUAAAUCAUCUCUGUCUUCACACCUGGACGGAUCUUACUAAUCAACAGAAUGUGUGGAGUGGAAAGACGACUAUUAGUGAUGCUGAUGAUGAUGGUGAUGAUGGUGAUGAUUGGGGGAGGAAGAGGAGGAGGAGGAGGAGGAGGAGGCGGAGGAGGGAUACAGAUAAGAGGAGUGGAAGAGGAAGGCGGAAUAUACCAAGAAGGAGGAGGAGGAGGAAGUGGAAUAGAAAGAAAAAGAAGAAAAGAAGAUGGAGGAGAGAUGGAUGGAAGAAGAUUAGAGGAAGGAGAAGACGAAGAAGGAAGAGAAGAUGGAGGAAGAAGAAAAGCUGUGGGAAUUAAAGGAGAAGAAGAAGAAGGAAGAAAUGAAGAUGAAGGAAUGGAAGAGAGAGAAACAGAGGAGAAAGAAGAAGUAGAAGGAGGAGGAGGAGGAGGAGGAGAAAUAAAAGAAAAAUUACAAGAAGAAGAAGAAGCAGAGGAGAAGGGAACAGAAGAAGAGAGAGAAGAGAGAGGAGAGAGAGGAAGUAGAGGAAGAGAAGUAGGAGAAGGAGAAGAGGGAAGAGAGAGAGGAAGAGGAGAGAAAGAAGUAGAAGAAGAAGGAGAAGAGGGAAGAGAGAGAGGAAGAGGAGGAAGAGAAAUAAAAGAAGAGGGAGAAGAAAAUGGAGCUGAAAAGGAAAAACUAAGUAAAAAACAAAAACAAGAGGAGGAAAUGAAGAAGGGGAAAGAGAUAAUCGAAGAAAAUGGAGGAAAAAGAAAGGAGGUGGAUAAAGAAGAAGGGAAUAAAGAGGGAAAAGGAGCACAAGAAGAGGAUAAAAGAGCAGAACAAAGGGAUUCGAACCUACAAGAGUACAUCGGAUCCCAAACAAAGCCCAGCAAGUGUUCAGAUAAGGGAUCAAAGAGGAAGGAAGAGGUGUUGGAUUCCAAGACUACUAAGCCUUCCCAACACGACGCUAAACCCUUUGAAAACGACUUAAAUCCCUUCAAAUCCGAUUCCAUUAACUCGAUAGACGAUCCAACUCCCUCUAAAGGCUUCCAGUCCUCUUCAGCUCCCUUCAAAGACUACUCAAUACUCUCCAGAACAUCUCAAUCCUCUUCAGCCCUCGAUCAAACCUCUCAAUCUUCUUCAACUCUCUUUAAACCUUCACAAUCCUCUUUAUUCUCCUCCCAAGACAACUCAACACCUCUCAAACCCGUUCAACCCCUUUCAACUCCCUCUCAAGACAUCGCAAUCCUCUUCAAUCCUUCCCAAUCCUCUUCCUUCUCCCUCCAAGGCACCCAAACCCCUCUCACUCCCAUGCAGUCCCCUUUAAAACCCCUCCAAGACGCCUCAAACCUCUCUAAAGACGCUUCAACCCCCAAUGCGUGCGCCUCGAGGUCGGGGUCACGGAGGGUCAAGCGCUUCAUUACCUACUCCGGCAUCGGGAUCUCCGCCCUUGCUUUCCUCAUCUUCAUUUUCUUCCUCAAAUACAUCAUCUACUUCGGCCUCAAGAACUACUUCAAGGAGGACGCCAGAAGCUUCAGGGACGAUCUGACUAUCCUGGUGUCCCUUCUAUCCCACCUGGAGGACGAGGGGUAUUAUUAAGGGCUUGGGAAGGGACGGACGUGUAUGUUACCUGUAUUUUACCUGUAGUGAGGGUUUGGGAUGGGAGAUGUUACGUAUAUUGUUAAGUUGUCGUUUUUGGUUUCUUUACCUGUUGUUUAUCCCUUUAAGUUCCUUCAUAUCUAUUAGUUUUAGGCUUUCUUGAGGGGCUUGGAUGGUAGUCGACCCCAGCCCGUCAUGGCGCAGGUAAGUGUUUUAUACUGGCGCCAUCUUUUCUUGAUGUUAAGUGUUAAGUAUAGACAGCUUCGUUAGAUGCAAGUAUUUAUGUAUGGUAUUUAUUUUAGUUUUCGUUUAUUAGUGUUUAAGUUUCCUUCUCUAUA